AUGGUCCCGGUCGAAGAAGCGGAAAAGGCGGGAGUCUCGAGCACCAACAAAACCCGAAACUCGGAUACCGGAUGUUUUGUAAGCGUAAAAACUCAUCAAAUUCAUAAAAAUCUCUACAUUUUCAGGUCCAAACUGUUCAGUGCACUUCUAGCUCCGAAUCGGAAACGUCUGAAACGUACAUCCAGUUCAACAAGGGACGCAAGGGUCUUUUCGCGGCCGUUCAGCAGACUAUUCAACUCUUUUGUAAUGAGCAGGGCAAAUGGGAGGUAAUAUUGUUGUUUUCACAAUUUUUUUUGGAUUAAAAAUGCAAAUUUCAGUUCCGACACUCGAGAUUGACACUUACAGUCACCGCGCUCACUUGCCUGGCCACCUAA